AUGGAUCCAGAUCUGGAGAUUGAGGAAAUAGGUCCUGAUGGAUACCUAGUGGCCAUCUACCAGGUCGAUGCGGAAACUGGUCAAAUGCGAUCAAUGAUGCCCCAAAAUCAGAUUCAAAGCAGGACCACAUUGUUCAUUCGACUUACCAGCCCUUUCCUACCUCUGGGCUUCCCGGACAGCGUAACGGCAGAUUACAUACCUUAUCAAAUAUACGACUCCUUGCAAGCAUUUGCCUCGACAAUUGCAGGAUUGCUGGCAUCACGGGCCGUCUUCGUUGGCAUGGGGGUAGGGUCGGAAGGUGCAUCUCUAGUCACCACGAUGCUACUGUACAUUGCCCAGGAGACCAUGGGCCGCGUGGCCACCAUUUUGUUUGCCGAUCGGUUCUCUCAACGAAUCGAGGCCGACGUCAAGUUCUAUCGGUUCUUUGCUGACAUUGUCAACGACACCGCGCUCCUUCUCGAUUGCAUCAGUCCCAGCAUGCCGACUGCUGCACGAGCCAUGACGCUAGGUGUCAGCAACGCGUGUCGAGCCUUGUGUGGGGUGGCAGGCGGGAGUAGUAAGGCUAUACUCAGCACCCAUUUUGCCAAGUCUGGAAAUAUCGGCGAGCUCAACGCCAAAGAUGGAAGCCAGGAGACAGUCAUCAGCCUGUUAGGCAUGUGGUUCGGAGGCAUCGUGGUCAGCAACGUGCAUGGAACUUUCGAAACGUGGUGCUGUCUGUUAACCCUCCUUGGCUCGCACCUCUGGUGCAAUUGGCAAGCCGUAAACAGCGUUCGACUGAUGACACUAAACCUUGAAAGAGCAUCGAUCCUGUUUGAAGGCAUCGGGCGAGAUCAAAUUCGGGACCCGGUCGAGGUUGGGGCGAGUGAAGGUGUCAUGACGAGGUACAAGAGUCUGAACAGCAACUAUGCCGGCGGUCUUCGGCGCCUUACCAUUGGCGCGACCUUUGGAGAAUUAGUUUCUUGCGUGCUGCGGACAGAUGACAGGCACAAGGGACUUGAAAAUGUUCAGUAUCUGCUGCACCUGUUCCGCCAAGAAGAAUACAUAUUGUGGAUUGAUCCAACCACGGCUAAGGCUGUGAUGUUGCUUCGAGAAGGCAUUUCAGGACAAAGCCAAGCUAAGGCAUGUUUUCACUUCUUCCGACUGAUGCAGCGAUCACCCGCGCCCUGGACGCGUGAAAUCUUACACGGCAGCAACCAGGACAGCACGGGCUUGAGCCACGAGCCCGUAGACCCGCUGGUGCAGGCCGAGAGAACACUGGAUCAAGUCAAUACGCAGUGGGAUUCUCUGAGUCAGCGGCUCAAACAAGCGGGGUGGGAUUUGGACAAGACAAUGCUUGAGACCCGAAGAGGCUUUCGAUUCAGGAGACUGCCGCAUAGUAGGGGCAAAAAAGAUAGAUAG